AUGGAUUCCAGUCCUCGUAAUCCGAUGCUCUUCGAUCAGGGCUUGAGCACCCCUCCCACCACACCAACAACGGCGUGGAAAGAAAACUCCAAAUCUCAGUUCAGCCAUGGAUCAGUCCCAGCUUCGGCGAUGACUCCUCCUUCGUCGCCGUGGCUAAGCAAAUCAUCAGCUCCACCCUCUCUCAUCACCCCGACACACGAAACACGACGUCCAUCGAGCCAACUGAGCCGAAGUACCACAAAUGAAGACUUAUCACAGGAAACUUCCACUCCGCAAUGCCCGUUCGACUUUGAGAUCCUCAAGAACGAGCGUGGCCGUGACGCGACUUUUGGAAGUGGCGCCUGGUCCAUUGUGUUUAAAGCCAGCACGCAUCCCAGAACGUCGACAUCUCUCGUUACACCACCCACUUCACCGACCAAAUCUCUCCCUGCGGUCGUCGCGGUCAAGAAACCCUGCCGGCGCGACGCCAAUGCCAUCCUCCGCACUGAGGCCCAGAUUCUCUCUUACCUCCAUACGGUACCGUGUUCGAACAAAUACGUCGUGCCCUUCUACGGCACGACGGGACCCGACGGGUCAACUCUUGUCCUCGACGCCAUUCCCUAUAGUCUCGAAGACCACAUCCGCAAAUACGCGUACGAGGCCCGGGAAGAGCUCAAGUCCAGCCUGAGCACCAUGCACGAACCCAUCCUCGGCAGCGUGUCCCAGUGGCUGGACCUCGCCAACAGCCUCGUCUCGGGCCUCGCUUGGCUGCACAACAUCGCAUGCGUGGUCCACGGUGACGUCAAGCCCGGAAACGUCCUCCUACGACCUCGCGCGGGCGACUCUGUCGGGUCCGGAACACAGGCGAUCGAAGGGUACGAGCCGGUGUAUGCGGAUUUCAGCUCGUCGACCCGUCUCGACGACGACACCAUCACUCCGAACACCCUCGCCGCCGUGACGCGCGAAUACACCGCGCCCGAACUCCUGUCGUCCAAGGUCCUUCGCGACCCGAACAGCUGCGCCACGACGAGCAGCGACGUCUUCAGUCUCGCCGUGACGCUCCUCGUGGCGGUGACGGGCGAACUGCACGUGUACGGCGGGAGCGUGUUCCAGCGUCAACUGAUGGCGACACAGGGUUGGCUCGUGCUGAGCCACGUGCGCAACGGCGAGCAGGGGAGUAGGGUACCCAUGGGCGGCGUGGUGGAAAAGGUCCUGGAACGCGCGGUCCUCAAGGACGACCUCGAGAGAGUGAAUGCUUUGGAGUGGUUGGAAAUCGUGGAGCAGACCAAGACGAAGACGAAAACGACGAAGAAGAAGCAUGACUUUCGAUGA